CUGCGGGGCGUCUCUCGGAGGGCUCGGGCCCGUCCGCCCUGAGGAGGGGCUAAGUCCCCUCCCCGAGCUCUUGAAAAACCCGCCUGUGGUGGAGUCAGCUCAGGACUGCUUAGGGUCUUUGAGGGUCAGGUACAACUGUCCCUGAAGCUAGGUCACAUUGAAGUUUGGAACAGGGAGUCUUGCCCCUUCAUUCUUUCUGUUUCUUUCUGUGGAACCGAAAACCUCGGUAAAUUUGCCUUUGGAACAGAGCCCUGUUGUCACUCCAUUGCUCAGAAACCUUCGAAGCUUCCUGUUGUCUAAGGAACUGAAGUUCACAUUCUGCAACUCCUCAGCCAGAAGGGCUCAUUUCCAAUCUACACAGCUCCAAUUUAUCUCGAAUUUUUCUUUUUUGGUGAGAGAGAACCUAGGAGUCAGGAAACCUAAAUUCUAGCCCUGGUUCUGCCACUCACUAACUUUGUCUCAUGCGAGCAUAAAAUCUGAGCAAAAACAGUAAGAGAGGUGUCAGAGUUUUCCAUUUAGAUCGACAACUUCAAAUUCUCAGCAUGGAAAACUCAGAGAAGACAGAAGUGGUUCUCCUUGCUUGUGGUUCCUUUAAUCCUAUCACCAAUAUGCACCUCAGGCUGUUUGAGCUGGCCAAGGACUACAUGAAUGGAACAGGAAAAUAUGAAGUUAUCAAAGGCAUAAUUUCUCCCGUCGGCGAUGCAUAUAAGAAGAAAGGACUCAUCUCUGCCCAUCACCGAGUUAUCAUGGCACAACUCGCCACCAAGAACUCAAAAUGGUUGGAAGUUGAUACAUGGGAAAGUCUUCAACAGGAUUGGAUAGAGACUGCCACGGUGCUAAGACACCAUCAAGAGAAGCUGGAGGCCAGUAGCCGUGAUCACCAGCAGGACUCACCUGUACUGGAAAGGCCUGGACGGAAGAGGAAGUGGGCUGAACAAAGACAAGAUUUUAGUCAAAAGAAAUCACUAGAGCAAACAAAAACGAAAGGUGUGCCAAAGGUGAAGUUGCUGUGUGGAGCAGAUUUCUUGGAGUCUUUUGGUGUGCCCAAUCUGUGGAAGGGUGAGGAUAUCACCAAAAUCGUGGGAGACUAUGGGCUUAUAUGUGUUACUCGGGCUGGAAAUGAUGCUCAGAAAUUCAUCUAUGAAUCCGACGUGCUGUGGAAACACCAGAACAACAUUCACCUGGUGAAUGAAUGGAUCACCAAUGACAUCUCAUCCACAAAGAUCCGGCGAGCCCUCAGAAGGGGACAGAGCAUUCGCUACUUGGUACCAGACCUUGUCCAGGAAUAUAUUGAAAAGCAUAGUUUGUAUAGCUCCGAGAGUGAGGAGAGGAAUGUUGGGGUGAUCCUAGCUCCUUUGCAGAGAAAAACUGCAGAAGCUGACACAUAAGAAAUUCUCCAGCAUGGUAUUGUGGACUUCCCUUUUGGGAAUUUGAAACAGUGUGGGUGUUAGUAAAUGGGGGAAGGAAUUGUGAUCCUCUUUAAUAAAUUAAAGUUUAAAAGGUUGGU